AUGAACUCGAUUUUGAAUGAGUUUAAGAACGCUUCCGCGUUAUAUGAAGAAGAAGUUUUCCACGACAGCUCGUUUGACUGGGACACAGCUAAUGGAUUCACGUUACCGAUGUUCCAGUUUCCUGCCGUUCAUGACCCAGUUAAAUUUCUGAGGGAGAUAACGUCCGACUCUUCACCUUGUAAGAUAGAAAUAGCGCACGGAACUACCACAUUAGCCUUCAAAUUUAACGGUGGCGUGAUUGUAGCUGCUGAUUCUAGAGCUUCGCAGGGAAACUAUGUUUCCACUUCGACUGUGAAAAAAAUCAUAGAAAUUAAUCCCUUCCUUCUGGGAACAAUGGCUGGUGGUGCGGCCGAUUGCUCAUUUUGGCAAAGAGAACUUGGACGACAAUGUCGGCUAUACGAGUUGAGAAAUAAAGAGCGCAUCUCGGUAGCAGCAGCGUCCAAAUUGCUUGCUAAUAUGAUCUACAGAUACAAAGGAAUGGAUUUGUCAAUGGGUUCGAUGGUAACGGGCUGGGAUAAGACGGGUCCUAACAUUUUUUACAUUGACAGUGAAGGCAACCGGUUGCAUGGCGACAUAUUCUCUGUUGGAUCCGGAUCGCCAUUUGCAUAUGGUAUUCUUGAUAACGGAAUUGAUUAUGAUCUUGAUGUACAGAGCGCGAUUGCUUUAGGAAAACGAGCUAUUUAUCAUGCCACCCACCGCGAUGGUGCUUCCGGAGGAAGCGUUAACGUGUAUCAUGUGAAACAGGAUGGAUGGGUUCGCAUCGGCGGCUGGGAUGUUGAAGAUUUACACUGGGAAUUCCAGGAUCAAGCAAAACCGUCACCUUUAUUAUAA